AUGGAUUCCCUUCCAGUUGAGGCAACCAAGCCCCUUCGACGUAUUGGAGCUGGCCACUGCGGGUCCGUCUGGGCUACGCUCACUUCCAACAACCAUCCAGGACUUCCGAUUGCUUUGAAGAGAGAGGACGGCAGUCCUGGGCGUUCUCUCAGAAACGAAUUUACCAUCCAAUCACAAGUCUACCAGGGACUGGAAUCAGUUCUUGUACCCUCUCCCCUCGCUUUCAUCGAGAAGAGCGGCAAUUGGAGUCAAAUCUUGGUUCACUUACCUGAAGGCUUCGAGUCUUGCAAUGCCAUGAUGAGCGAAUUCAUCAAGCCGGUAUCUGAAGCAUGCCGCCAAGUCUUGACUGAAAGAUAUUGCCCACAGGGCAUGCUUCCGUCACAGAUACUCAACAGCCCGGAGAAUAGACACUGCCUUGUCCGAAUCUACCUUGGCAGACGACGUUUGAUGAGCGGCGACAAAAAGCGACACCUUUCCAGGUUUUUCAGCCUCAGGAAUUUCCCCCUACACAUGGACCAAGUGGAAGAACUUGGUCUUCCUUGCGACGUUUGGGCCAAAGCCAUGGGCGGCGCCCUUGCCACAAUCCACUGGAAGCUGAGAGUAGAUGGCGCAGAUAUUGAAUUCGUUUUGGGGGCACCUAGACAUACGAAGGCCAACACCCUUAGCGAGAGCGCCCUAUGGGUCUUGGAUUUCGAUUGCUGCAAGCCAAUCACUGCGGAUAGUGUUGGGUUAACGGCGAUUGCGAGAGCGUUCUGGCGAAACGACCCCUACUAUCCCCGCCCUGGAACGCUCAAUGAAAGGGAUCAAGAACUCUGGAGCAUAUUUGCGGAAGAGUAUAGGAGAGUUGGAAAGGAGGUUUUGGACAUCGAACUACACAAUCUGAUUGAUGAGGCCGUCUCAAGGAUUGAGGAAACCCGAGGCAAGUUCUCGAGCAGUACAAAUAUUUAG